ACAAUUAUUUCUCCGACUAUCGGAUUUUACUUUUGAAGCAAAAGCUCAUAUUAAAAAAAAAACAGGUUAAUUUUCCUGUGUUUUAAAGAACCCCUCUGUACAAUGGAAAACAUCCACUAAAGAUUCCUAACGUCUGCUGUCGUCGUACGUUCUAUUCUGAGAUUAUCUUAUGUUACACCUGUCGAGUUCUCGUGUGAAUGUCACCAGCUGCCACAAGCAAUUUACAACACAAAGCACAUUUACAUGGUAACGUCUAACGGGGUAAUUUGGUAGGUUUUGAAAGAGUUACUUCCCCUGGAAGUGCAGAGCUCAGAUUUGACACAGGGAGCUCGACGUUCAAACAAAAUGCUGCGUAAUGCAUUUAGUUGUACGAGAUAUGUCAAACCGCAUAUCAAAAACAUAUCCAAGACACAGCUCUUGACACAGUUUGAAAGAAAUCCAUGGUGCAGAUUCUACAAUGGGAGCCAUGGAACUUCUCGCGACAAUCUCCGCAUCAAUCCAUCGAAGCAGCGAGUCUUGGGCAGGUGCGCGUUUGUUAUCUUGGGGACGUGUAUGGGGGUCAAGAUGUGGCUGGUCAGCGCGGGGUGCGAGGAGGCGACACACCAAGACGCUGCACAGACUGAUUACAGGGAGGACACAUCUCAAACGCUGGAAGUAGCAAUCGCCAAAUCGAGGGAUAUUCUUCAAAGGGUCAAGGACGAGACUGGCAGUCCGGGCCUUGUAGUGGGGGUGAGCGUGGAUGGGAAGCACGUCUGGAGCCAGGGGUUUGGCUACAUGGACGUAGAGAACCGUCUCCCCUGUACCCCCGACACGGUCAUGAGGAUAGCCAGCAUCAGCAAGCCCAUCACCAUGGCGAUUGCUGGCAAAAUGAAGGAGAUGGGGAUUCUGGAUCUUGAUAGGCCGGUACAGGAUUACGUCCCACACUUUCCGGACAAGUCGGUGGAUGGACGGAAGGUUACCAUAACAACAAGACAGCUGCUCUCUCAUCUGGGAGGAAUCAGGCAUUAUGGAAAGGAAUACAUGAAGGGCAAGGACGACAAGACGUCGAUUAUGACAGCAUCCCUUGGGAAGGAGACGGCCGAGAUGGAGCACCUGGAAUAUUACCUGAAGAAACAGUUCAAGUCUGUCAACGCCAGUCUGGAGCUGUUCAAGGACGACCCACUCGUCCACAAACCAGGUAGCAAGUUCCUGUACACCACGCACGGCUACACUCUGGUCAGCGCCGUCCUGGAAGGAGCAAGUAACAAGACCUUCAAGGAGCUGAUGCUAGGGCUGUUCAAAGACCUUGGACUGAAGCAUACAUAUUUGGAUGAAAAUACUCCCCUAAUCUAUAAUAGGUCAAGGUAUUACUUGAAGAACGGCAAAGGUCGCCUGAUCAAUGCCCCUUAUGUUGACAACUCGUACAAGUGGGCUGGGGGCGGGCUCCUCUCUACCGUGGCCGACCUGUGCAAGUUCGGCAACAUCAUGCUGUACAGUUAUCAACACCAGGAGCCCGAGAAGUCACCGGGUCCGGAGGCGGGUACUAAAACUGAACCUGACUCGGAUACGUCAAAAAAUCGGAAGCAAAAUGAAGCCAGUGAGUUGAGAUAUUUGAAAGGCUAUCUGAAGCGUGAGACUGUGAAGGAAAUGUGGCGUCCUGCGGAGAACACCGAGUGCUCGUGGGACAGAGAUGGAGGGUAUGCACUCGGCUGGGCCGUCGUCCCCGAGAAGCUGGACCACGGAUGCUGCAGACACCAGAGGCACUACGUGGGUCAUACAGGGGGCGCUAUUGGAGCCAGUAGUGCCUUGGUGGUGUUGCCUCGAUCAGGGGGGGACAAUCCACCCUCAGGGGUUGUCGUGGCAAUCAUGGUCAACAUGAUUUCGAUAGGUCUGAACAAGACGGCACUUUCAAUUGCAGAAGAGUUUGAAAAGGUGGAGAAACAAAAGACGUAACGGAAGAUGUAACUUUGUGUGAAUCAGGGGAGGUAAUCAGUCAAAAUAGAUAUCCUUCUUGUGAUUCAGGGGAGGUAAUCAGUCAAAAUAUAUGCAACUUGUGUGAAUCAGGGGAGGUAAUCAGUCAAGAUAUAUACACUUUGUGUGAUUCAGGGGAGGUAAUCAGUCAAGAUAUAUAC